UAUCCAUGCUGGAUCAGAAUAACACUAUUUCAGUUCCACUGCGACGGCUGCAGCCUGCAGGUCCCUUCCCUCUUUCCUCUUCGUCUGCCCAACCACCACGCCUAAGGAAGCCUGCCGACGACCGACCCAUCGAGCAAGCGAUGGUAAUUGCUUGCUUCGUACGCUAUCGCUGCUGCGCUUUCGAUUGGACCAGCGCGUGGGCAAGUAAGGUAUCGUAGGAUCGCUACCUCUUCCUCCAACUCUCCACUCCCGAAACCCUAAUUUUUGUGCGGUUUCGUCCAAGUUCUUUUGAUACCACCGUGAUCGAAGGGCCACAUCCCCCUUUACAUCGUUCCGUUGGGUUAUCCUUUUGCCUCCGGUGAAAAGGAGGAUUUUUUUUUCCUUUGUUUGUAUCUUUCGUCUUGGUCAUUUUGGUAGCCGGAAUUAAGUUUGGCUCGAACGGGUUAAUCGGAUGGAGCCUCGUGUUGGAAACAAGUUUCGUUUGGGUCGCAAGAUCGGGAGCGGCUCGUUUGGGGAGAUCUAUUUAGGUACUAAUAUCCAAACAAACGAGGAAGUCGCAAUUAAACUAGAGAACGUCAAGACUAAGCAUCCGCAACUUCUCUAUGAAUCAAAGCUGUAUAGGAUUCUACAGGGAGGAACUGGAAUCCUUAAUGUGAGAUGGUUCGGGGUUGAGGGUGAUUAUAAUGUCCUCGUGAUGGAUUUACUGGGACCAAGUCUUGAAGACUUGUUCAACUUCUGUUGCCGUAAACUCUCUUUGAAGACUGUUCUGAUGCUUGCAGACCAAAUGAUAAAUCGAGUGGAAUUUGUACAUUCAAAGUCCUUCCUUCACAGAGAUAUCAAACCAGAUAACUUUAUUAUGGGUCUUGGUAGACGAGCUAAUCAGGUGUAUAUUAUUGAUUUUGGCCUUGCCAAGAAGUAUAGGGACACUGCAACUCAUCAGCAUAUUCCUUACAGAGAGAACAAAAAUUUAACUGGAACUGCUAGAUAUGCAAGUGUGAAUACACAUCUUGGCAUAGAACAAAGCAGGAGGGAUGAUUUAGAAUCUCUCGGAUAUGUUCUAAUGUACUUCUUAAGAGGAAGCCUUCCAUGGCAAGGUCUGAAAGCAGGAACCAAGAAGCAGAAGUAUGAAAAGAUUAGUGAAAAAAAAGUGGCCACGUCAAUUGAGACUUUGUGCCGAGGAUAUCCUUCAGAGUUUGCUUCUUACUUCCAUUAUUGUCGUUCAUUAAGAUUUGAGGACAAGCCUGAUUAUGCAUAUCUUAAGAGAUUAUUCCGAGACCUUUUUAUCCGUGAAGGUUUUCAAUUCGAUUAUGUAUUUGAUUGGACCAUUUUGAAAUAUCAGCAAUCUCAGAUAGCUGGUGCCCCUCCACGUGCUAUUGGACCAAGUGCAGGGCCUAGCUUGGCCAUGGCUCCUGUUGUGGCAAAUGAUAGGCAAUCAGGUGAGGUCUCACAUAGUGGUGAGGAAGGAAGAGCAAGUGGUUGGUUGGCUGCGGACCCUUAUCGUCAUGGACGAUCAUCUCCAACUGUAAAUGUUGGCAAUUCAUCAAAACAGAAGGCCCCUGUCUCGAGUGAUCUAUCUGGCAGCAAAGAUGCUAUGAUUUCCGGUUCCACUUUAAUGGGACGGCCAAGCAGUUCUUCAAGGCGGCCUGCUUUUGGCAGUCGAGAAAUGAUAGGGACUGAGGCAGAUCCAUCUCGUACCCGAGCUGCAGACUCCAGUCCAAUGACCUACCACAAGGUUUCAACUGCUCAGAGAGGUUCUCCAAUUGUUUCUACCUCAUCUGGAAGGAGAACAUCUGUGCUCAAGAACUACGAGACCACGCUGAAAGGCAUUGAGGGCCUCAAUUUGGAUAGCGAGAAGAACUAGUUCAAGUCGCUGCCUGUUCUGUUGCUCUUCCAGGGGCAUCAAGUUGCCUCAUGAAAUGCCCUCCGAUAGAUAAAAGAGAUGACAAGGGUUCCGAACCAUGCCAAGAAAUUUGUGUGCAUUUUGUUGUGAAAAUCUGCACAAGUUGGGAUAAACAGCUAGCUUCUUGUACUGCCCAUGUAUUACCUGUUGUAUUUUAUUGUUCUUUGGAUUCACAUUAGUAUUAGCAAGGCUUAAUGAUGAUGAUUAAGAACACAAGAUAUUAGAAUUCCACUGGUUUGUUUAUGUGCUUCAA